GUCCCACCACCUUACUCCGCUCCUUCCCGGUGUCCGAAAUCUCCACGACGAAAGCCUCGUUAUUUUAUUCCCGCUUUAACCGUCAUCUAUUGAACAUUCCCUUUGUGCCUGCCAGGCUCUAGGGUGGGGAGAGGGUAUUCAGAGAUGAAGGAGCUCUCCAUCUAGAGAUGGAGACAAUUUCAGUGCUCUACAGAUAUGUUUGGAGAGCUGUGGCAUCACAGAGAAGGUAGUAAGUCAGGGAGGCCCUACAGAGGAGCUACCCAAAGGCAGAGAUGGGUGAAGUAGCAUGGCUUGCACGCCUGAACGGACCCAGCCUACAUGCCCACCUGGGAGGCCGGAAGCACCGGCACCUGGUAGAACUAAGAGCUGCCCGAAAGGCCCAGGGACUUCGAAGUGUGUUUGUCAGUGGCUUUCCCCGGGAUGUGGAUUCUGCUCAGCUCUCUGAGUACUUCCAAGCAUUUGGAUCUGUGGCCAGUGUUGUCAUGGACAAGGACAAGGGAGUGUUUGCCAUCGUGGAGAUGGGGGACGUGGGUGCCCGGGAAGCUGUCCUGUCACAGCCCCAGCACAGCCUGGGAGGACAUCGCCUGCGGGUCCGGCCACGGGAGCAGAAAGAGUUCCAGAGCCCUGCCUCCAAAUCCCCCAAAGGGGCGGCCCCUGACAGUCACCAGCUGGCCAAAGCACUCGCUGAGGCCCCAGACGUUGGGGCACAAAUGGUAAAGCUCGUGGGGCUGAGGGAGUUGUCCGAGGCUGAGCGGCAGCUUCGGAGCCUGGUGGUGGCCCUGAUGCAGGAGGUCUUCACAGAGUUCUUCCCUGGCUGUGUGGUCCAUCCUUUUGGCUCUUCCAUAAACAGCUUUGAUGUCCAUGGCUGUGAUCUUGACCUCUUCCUGGAUCUGGGUGACUUGGAAGAGCCCCAGUGUGUAGCACCUAAGAACCAAGGUGUUCUAGUGUACAACCACAGCAUGAUUGUCAAGUUGAGGAAGUGCUCCACUGGUACAAGUGUACAGCUUUACCAGACUUUAAUCUACAAUGCGUUCUCCAACCGGCCAGCCCCAAAGGCUCCUGAGUCUCCGUCCUUGGACUCGGCCCUUGCAUCCCCACUGGAUCCUCAAGCCCUGGCUGGCACCCCAGCCUCCCCUCCAGACUCGCAGCCUCCAGCUUCUCCUCAAGACUCGGAAGCCCUGGACUUUGAAAUCCCAUCCUCCUCCCUGGCACCCCGGACUCCGGACUCUGCUUUGGCCUCUGAGACCCUCGCCUCUCCCCAGUCCCUGCCUCCAGCCUCACCACUGCAGGAGGACCGGGGCGAGGGGGACCCAGGGAAGUCUCUGGAACUAGCAGAGGCCCCGAAUGGGGAGAAGACAGAGGGUGUAGCCAUGCUGGAGCUGGUAGGAUCCAUUCUUCGGGGCUGUGUCCCUGGAGUGUACCGAGUCCAAACUGUGCCCUCUGCCCGACGUCCUGUAGUCAAGUUCUGCCAUCGGCCUUCAGGUCUCCAUGGUGACGUCUCCCUCAGUAACCGGCUGGCCCUGCAUAACUCCCGCUUCCUGAGUCUCUGCUCUGAGCUGGAUGGACGAGUACGGCCCCUUGUGUACACCCUCCGCUGCUGGGCUCAGGGUCGAGGGCUGUCAGGGAGUGGCCCCCUUCUCAAUAACUACGCCCUGACCUUGCUCGUGAUCUAUUUCCUUCAGACCAGGGACCCUCCUGUGUUGCCCACUGUGGCCCAGCUCACCCAGAAGGCAGGUGAGGGUGAACAGGUGGAGGUUGAUGGCUGGGACUGUAGCUUCCCCAGGGAUGCCUCGAGACUGGAGCCCAGCACCAAUAAGGAGCCCCUGAGUUCCCUGCUAGCCCAGUUCUUCUCCUGUGUCUCUUGCUGGGAUCUUCGUGGCUCACUGCUGUCCCUGCGAGAGGGUCAGGCACUGCCUGUGGCAGGGGGCCUGCCCUCUAAUCUCUGGGAGGGUCUGCGCCUCGGCCCUAUGAAUCUCCAGGAUCCUUUUGACCUGAGUCACAAUGUGGCAGCCAAUGUGACCAGCCGGGUGGCCGGGCGGCUACAGAACUGCUGUCGAGCGGCAGCCAAUUACUGCCGAAGCCUCCAGUACCAGCGUCGUUCCUCCCGGGGUCGGGACUGGGGGCUGCUCCCCCUCCUGCAGCCCAGUUCCCCUAGCUCCCUGCUGUCUGCAACACCCAUCCCCUUACCCCCUGCUCCCUUCACCCAGCUCACUGCUGCCCUGGUCCAGGUGUUAAGGGAAGCAUUGGGGUGUCAUAUAGAACAGGGCACCAAGAGAUUACGGUCAGAGGGAGGUGGAACUGGGGAGUCUCCCCAGGGGGGGACAAGCAAAAGAUUGAAACUAGAUGGACAGAACAAAAGCUGUGAGGAGGGGAAGGAGGAGCAGCAGGGAUGUGCAGGGGACCACGGCGAAGAUGGUGUAGAAGAAAUGGUUAUAGAGGUUGGAGAGACAGGGCAGGACUGGGCCAUGUGGAGCCCUGUGCAGCCAGGGGAGCCGCCCCUGAUGACCAGAAAGCAUGUAGUUGCUGGAGAAGAAGGGCCGUCAAGCCAUGCAGCGCUGGCAGAGCAGGGGCCCAAAGGACGUGAGGCAGCCAGAGAAGGGUCCCAGAGUGAGACAGGGAAGGGAGCGUUGCUCUCCUCAGUGAGCUGGCGCUGUGCCUUGUGGCACCGAGUGUGGCAGGGGCGGAGGCGUGCACGGCGACGCCUGCAGCAGCAAACCAAGCAAGGAGGUGGAGGUGGUGCUGGCACAGGAGCAGAGUGGCUGGCGACUGAGGCUCGGGUGACCCAGGAGCUGAGAGGACUGAGCAGUGCUGAACAGAGGCCAGAGGCUGAGCCACUUCUGACGUUUGUGGUGGCUGCCUCCCAGGCUGACCACACUCUCACUGUGACCCCACUCCAGGAUGCUCAAGGCCUGUUCCCUGAUCUCUAUCAUUUCUUACAGGUUUUCCUCCCUCAAGCACUUCGAAAUCUCCUCAAGUGAAGACAGGGCCCUAAAGGGCAAUAAAGCUGCUAGUUUAACAAACA